AUCACAAUAAUCUCCAAGUCAAGUUCAAACGUUUAACUUGUUUAAUUCUGGUCAUGAUGAUUAAAACCUUCAAACCCUGACAUGGAGCUCGUCCUCUAAGAUCUACAGUGACAAGAAAAUGUAAGUGAACCCUAAGAGAUAUCUGCAGUUGUGCUCACUGAAAUCCACGAUACAAUGGUGAAGAGAGAUCAUAUAUCUGAACCAAUGAUACAGAUCAUUCUACUGUUCUCGUCCAUAUUGUCAUUGUCCCAAUAUUUCCAGUGUAAAUUGGAGAUCAUCUGGUGCCAGUUGGGGGCCACCCCUGGCUGUUUACUCCCCUUCAGGACAGGAGGCGCCCACCCCCACCCCCACCUCCACAACCUGAACCUUCUGUAGGAGGAGGUGUUGGAGUGUAAAGGGAGGGUAGGCCCUGAUGCACCAUUGCAUCCCUUGCCACAUUUGCAUGACCUGGCACAGGCAUCCCCCGCAGGGUUUCGAGCUGUGAUCAUGCCCGCUCCAUUAUUGUUUGAGAGGAGCCCAAGCCUGCCUGGCAGUAACUAGCACAUCAAAGCACCUUCCGAGGCUUUAAUGGUUCUCAGACACCUUUUGGGAUUGGAUCCUCUUUGAUGGUGGUAUGACCUUUUACCUUUGAUGAUGAAGAUGCUUCUGGACUUGUACGUUUUUUUAUGUUCCCUGGUGCACGAUCCGCUGUGAUCAGGGUUUCAAGUUGAGUGACUCAAGUUUGUGUUUCAAAAUGUAUGUCGUUGAAUCAGCCGCAGAACGCUCUGCGAAGGCAAGUCUGCAGAGACGUCGCGACAGAGAGGCUGAAAGAAAAGAGCGGAUUUUUAAUGAUAAACUCAGAACCAUCGGAGUUGACCAUGAAGCUCUGGACAAGCAGGUGAAAGAGAAGCAGAAACAAGAAGUGGCAGAAAAAGAGAAACAAAAAGCUUAUGAUGCUGAAGUUCUCCAUAAUAGCAAUGUAGCUGACAUUCUUCAUCACAGACAAGAGAAGAAGAAGCGUGCAAUGCAAAUGGACCUGGUCAACUACUGGCAGCAGCACCAGCAGCCUCGGAGCCAGCAGAUGUUUGACCUGAACAACACAGAAGAUGCACCGAUAUCGCCUCCUGUCUUCGAGGGUGAAGACCUCGGUUUUGAGAACCGAUUGAAGUGGCAGAGGGAGCAGUUAAGAGAGUGGCUCAACCAGCAGCAGAGCGAGCAGGCGGCCGAGAGGCACCGGCAAAGGCUAGAAGAGCAGCGAGACGAUCGAAUGAGAUUAGAGAUGGACAACAGAGCUCUGCAGCUUCAGAGCCAGGAGAUGGAGAGGAGAAGAGCAGAAGCCGUUGCCACUAAAGAGUUCAAUCUGGCCAAGACUGCAGAGAAGCGCCAGCAGGAACGUAAUGAUGAGGACAACAGAGGUGUGGAUGUCGAUCCUGCCCUGGGCAGGUGGGGAGUACCUGGUCUGUGUCCAGGCACUGAUCUGAGAGCCCCUCCAGAGACUCUGGAGCAGGUCCUCCAGUUCCAGAAAAUUCAAAUAGAGGAGAAAAAGAGGAUAGAAUUGGAGAGGAAGCGCGAGGAGGAGCUACAGCAUCGCAACAACUUGGCCUCUGCUCGCUCUGCUCUGCUCAUAGAGAGGCAGCAGGCGAAAAUGAACAAGCAGAUGAGACAACAACUACAGAGCACCAACAUCCAAAUGGCUGAAACACACAGACAACAGAAACCGGACAUUGAAAGAGGACGCAUCGACGACAGCUUCUUCUCUUAUUUCAACACCUGCAGCCGAUGAUGGACGAUGUGGAGAAGCACCCGAGCCAAGAGUAAGACCAAGACUCUUUUCCUCUGACCGUGAGUGGAACAUGAGUCGAUCUCAGCAGCUCAAGUUACCAAGCAAGAACACAACCACGACCCUCCGCCCAGUACUCCUCAUCGAGCUCACCGUACCUUGGGGAGAAAGGGCUGAGGCCGGCUUUGACAUAAGCCAAGUCCCUUUCAUAAACCCAUGAGAAAAAAAAA